AGAUAGUACUAGCAGGACAUUACCUUUUUUAACUGUUUUAAAAGAAAAACUACCUUUUCUCCCCGCAGUGGUGUAUAAAAGAAUUUAAGGGCGGUUCCGCACAAAUAGCCAAUCAAAAAGUAUAUCUGAAUCCACCUUAUUUGCAUAAAAGCCUAUUUACUGAUUUCGUCCAAUCAGGGAUUGAGAAACAUCAAGUACCUAUUUGCAUAGAAGACCUACAAAAGUAGGCCAGCUGGGCUGUUAAACUUUCAUUUUCCUGUCCUUUUGUUGCCUCAGCGCUUUAUCAUGCCGGAGCCCGUGAAGUCCGCUCCUGCCCCGAAAAAGGGCUCCAAGAAGGCGGUGACCAAGACCCAAAAAAAGGACGGCAAGAAGCGGAAGCGCAGCCGCAAGGAGAGCUACUCCGUGUACGUGUAUAAGGUGCUGAAGCAGGUCCACCCCGACACCGGCAUCUCUUCUAAGGCCAUGGGUAUCAUGAACUCUUUUGUCAACGACAUCUUCGAGCGCAUCGCGGGGGAGGCGUCUCGCCUGGCGCAUUAUAACAAGCGCUCGACCAUCACCUCCAGGGAGAUCCAGACGGCCGUGCGCCUGCUGCUGCCCGGAGAGCUGGCCAAGCACGCCGUGUCCGAGGGCACCAAGGCUGUCACCAAGUACACGAGCUCUAAGUAAAUGUUUCUAGACACUGUCAAACCCAAAGGCUCUUUUCAGAGUCAUUUCACAGUCUCAAUUAGAGCUUUAAUGUUGUAAGCUGUUAUGAUCUACAGAAAAGUUAAUCUUU